AACAUGACUAUAAUAAUUACACCAUCAUCACCAUCAUCUCAUCUCUCCCCUCUCCAUUCUCUCUCUGUCGGCCAAACAUAAAGCAAGGGAAAAGAAAGUUUCAUAUCCAUGAUUGUGUGUUAGGGAAGGAGAAGAAGAAGAAAGAAAACCAUCCAAAGCUUCCAAAUUUUGAGUCCAAAAACGCAGCAGCAACUUCAAGGAACAUCCGGAAGGUAUUGCAAAGAAAGUUUGGCGUUGGAAUGUUGAAGUUAGUGAGUUAAUUGUCAGAAUCAUGUUCUUCGACAUACCCAAAAUUCUGGACAGCAACUUUCUAUUGACUUCAGAAUCAAACGGUUUGCAAUUUCGUGAAGAAACGAUGGAGAUAUGCCCAAAUUACCGCAGGUUGUCCAGUUGUGACAGAAAUGACAAAGUUGGCAAAUUUCGAUGUUGUUUCCACUCCCGCUCAUCCGUAAGGUUUCGGCCGAUGAUUUCCAGGUCUCUACCCUUGCGUUAGACUUGUCGAAUCAUUCAUCACAUACAUACAUGAACAUAUAUGUUAUUCCAUAUGUUAAAACCAUUCCAAAAUAUAUAUGUGAUGCAUAUAUAAGUUAUCUAUAUGUUGAGAUUAAAAUACACCAAAUACAUAAAGUUAAUAUACACAUAAGUAAAUAUAAACUUUGGAAAUCAACCCAACAAUAUGUAUAUGUUAAUCAAAGGUGCUUAAAAGACUUAAAGAAGUAUUUUGGACACUCAAAAUAUCAAGAGAAAGAUUCGCAGACCCAAACGGUCGACGUAAACGGUCGACCGUCGCAUUAAACAUCGAA